AGUGAAAUAUUUGCCAGCUUUGUUUAUUUAGGCUGUGGUGGGGACUGGGGAGAACUCAGCUGAAAGGCAACACGUGCAACAAUAACAACCUCCAGCCUUAAUUAAUCACCCCACCUGGCCUCGCGUUACCUGUCCCGCCGAAUACAGGUGGGCGGGGCUCUCGGGGAACGCUUCUGCAGCUACCACCACCACCACCACUACUACUACUGCUGCCACCACUACCACCACUAGUGGCAGGAUGGGGAAGCCAGCGACGGCUGCUCGUAAGAGGAAGAGGCGAGCGGCGGCACUGCUGCGGCGGAGGAUGGCUGCCAAGGCUGACCUGGAGAACCUGAGUGUGGAGGAGCUGCUGGCAGCGGCACAGGAGGAGAUUGACAGCUUCCAGUAUGAGACGGCCCAGACGCUGUGCCACACAGCCCUCAAGAAGGAGCCAGACAAUGUUGCCGUGCUGGAGACCUCAGCCAGCCUAUGCCUGGAGGUGGGGAACCUUGAUGCACGGCACUGCCUGGGCAGGGCCAUAACGGUGCAGCCUGAGGGCGGCCACGAGAAGUACAUGUCCAUGGCCCAGCUGAUGGAGGGGCGGGAGGCGCUGCAGUGCUACCAGAAGGGCAUCGAAAUCCUCACCAGGAAGGUGCUCAGUCUGCCAGUGGUGAAGAAGGUCGAGGAGGGCAGCGAGCCGGUGGAUAUGACCAUGCAGGACGCCGCCGGCAGGAAUGGCACAGCAGCGGCAGCAGCAGCCGGUGUCAGCGAGAUGGCGGCCGUCACGGUGAAAACCGAGCCCAGGGAUCCUGUGCUGGACGAGGGGAAUGAGAACCUUUGCCCAGCAGAGGCUGAGGCUGGGGCCAGCUGGGGCGCUACCUCCACCUCCUCAAUGGUCCCCCAGCAGGAUGAGAGAGCAGGGCUGGUGCGGCAGAUGUCUACGGCCCACUGCUCAGUGGCGGAGCUCUUCAUGACAGACCUGUGUGACGAGGAGGAGGCGGAGGAGGCGUGUCGAGCCAACAUCCUGAAGGCCAUUGAGGUGGACCCCACCAACCCUGAAGCCUUCCAGCAUAUGGCAAGCUUCCUUCUGGUGAAGCAAGAGGUGGAGGAGGCAAAGAAGUACAUAGCACAGUCCUUGGAGGUGUGGCUGCCACAGUACAGGGCUGUGAGGGAGGGCAAGGCUGCCACCGGGAGCUUUGACCCUGUGGAGGUGUGCCCACUGUCCUACGCCACGCGCCUCACCACAGCACGCAUACUUAUUGAGGUGGAGGACCACAAGUCUGCCGUGGAGGUACUGGAGGGCCUGACAGAGGAGGAUGAUGAGGUGGUGGACGUGUGGUACCUCAUGGGGUGGAGCCACUACCUGCAGGGGGAGGAGCAGCGUGAGGCCGCCCAGUACUGUCUGCACCGUGCCCUGCAGGUGCAUUCGGAGACUCCAUGCGAGGACGGCCAGAUGGUAGAGCAUAUGCAGGAAUUAAUGGAGGAGCUUGGACCGUACAUUGAGAAGGAGGAGCCUGACCAGGACGUGGAGGAGGAGCUGGAGGAGGACUCGGAGGAUGAUGAUGAGGACAACACGAUGGACACAAGUUGAGUUCAUUGACUGGUAUAGAUUUUGCUAUGAAUUGCUGUUUAUUAUGUAUGAUGCUGAACUUUUUUUUAUCUCGUCUCUUAAUAUAUGUGUCAAUGUAC